AUGGCAAUUCUUCAGGCACAGAAUGAAGAAAUAGCACAGAAGAGAAAAUUUGCGAAACAAAAGGCAAAGAUGAGACGUCGUAUUGAUAGAGCUAUGGUUAGUAUAGAAUGGCUAGAGGCGUUUCCUGAGACUUGUUUGAGAGGCGGUCCUAGGGGCCUGUCAGAUUACUGUCUUAUUAUUGUGGAAGAUAAAAUGAUGUGGAGUGGUCUUAGGCCUUUUCGGAGUCUUGAUUCGUGUUUUACCCAUGAAGGCUUUCUUAGUAUAGUUAAGGAGGAAUGGAGAAGCCUAGGGAAGAUGCAGUUCACCGAUAAAUUGAAGGCGUUAAUGGAUCUUUUGGGAAGGUGGCAUAAGGCCAACUUUAGUGAGAUGGACCAGAAGAUAUUGAAGUUGGAGGAAGAGAUCAAAAAGGUUGAUGAUUUGGUAAGUAAUAUAGUGUAUGAUGGAACUAUUGAGGCUAGAAGGAAGGCGUUGGUUACUUGCUGUGAGAAGUGGUACGCGAGGAAAGAAAUCCAUUGGAAGCAAAUGUCUCGGUCUCGGCAAGCAAAUGAAAUGGACAGGAACACAAGAGAUGGUCAAUUGGAAAGGAUUGAUGAGGAAGAAUCUAUGACUUUAGAGGUAAUGACAUCGGGUGAGAAAAUUAGAGAGGCAGUGCGGGAUUGUGAGUCAUCAAGGGCGCCAGGCUGUGAUGGGUACAACAUGAAUUUCAUUAAGAAGUGCCGGGAUGAGAUUGGGGCUGAAUUCACGGCAGCUGUGAUGGGAUUCUUUCAAACAUCGAGGUUACCGACAGGCUCCAAUAUUACAUGGGUUGCGCUGGCUCCUAAGUUUCUUGGUGCAAAGGAGAUUAAAGACCUCAAACCUAUUAGUAUGGUUGGCUGUGUAUACAAGGUUAUUUCAAAGAUUUUAGUUAGGAGGAUGCGAGCAGUGAUGCUAGGGUUGGUAGGGGAGACUCAGAGUGCUUUUGUGAAGGGCAGGAGAAUUCAUGAUGGGGCCCUCACAUCGUGUGAAAUAGUGUACUGGCUUAAAAGGAGGAAAAAAGAGGCAGCCAUUAUCAAGUUAGAUUUCCAAAAAGCAUAUGACAGAGUCAAGUGGAGCUUUGUUGAUAUUGUGCUGCAAAAGAUGGGUUUGGACACAGGUGGUGGGCGUGGGUUAUGGAGUGUGUGA